CAUAAUUUACUGAAAAAUUCAACAGAAUUGUAAAAAUAUAUUGCUUCCACUUCCAAUUUCGAUUUUACUCUACUUGAUGUUUACUGAGUAAAUAAAAUAGAUGUAAUGGCAAAGUAAAAAGAAAAGAAAAACAAGCAAAAGUCAAUUCAAUAUCAAAAACAAGUAAAUAUCAGACAAAACCAACAUUCCGGUUUGAGUUACUCGAUGACUAACCAAACAAGCUUCCCAAUUAACAUUCAAUCAUGCUUUUUUUCCUUGAAAAAUCACUUGUUUCACUUGUAUUAGUCAACCAAUAGUCCAUUCAUUUCAAAGUGACGCGCGCACUACACGACUAAUGACAUCAUAUUAUUAUACGAGUGUAAAUGUUGCAUUCAAUACCAUUACUAUUGAAAGAAUGCAUUUUCUGCUACACUUAAGUCGACCGAUAAGAAACUUGAUUUAAUCGUGUUUAUAUUUAAAAAGUACACAUUUUUCCGCACCUGUAGGCGCAUAGUGCGUCUGAUAUGCAGGCAGUUAUCGUUUGUACUUCGGCCGAGACUGAAUGAGUCUCAGAGCCGCGUUAUCUAUAUUUAUAUAUCGUUUAGUGUUCAUGUUCAGGUAUCCAAUACAUUAGAUAACGAACAAACAGUGUACUAGUAUACUACAGCUAAGAAUAGUUCAUUUGGAGUUUGAAAAUGUCUGAAAUCAAAGCUCGGUUAGCAGUGAAAAAACGCGCUAUAGAAAUGUGAUUGCAUUUAUAUGCGGCCUGAUCGUGAUCAUCCUGAUGAUCAUGGGUCUGGCAUCCACCGAUUGGUUAAUGGCGGCUGGAUGGAGACAAGGCCUCUUUCUGCACUGCAUCGAAGAAGGCGCACCACAACCGCUACCCUUCAAUAUGCAGGAACCUGUUGGAUGUUACCCAUCACGAGAUGCUGGGUAUAUCCGUGCAGCUGCAGGUCUUUGCAUCAUCACACUCCUCGCGGACUUGGUAGCUACAGUUCUAACAGGACUCGGGUUACGUACAAAGGAACAUCACACUAAAUACAAGUAUUAUCGGCUUGCUGUUGUUGCAAUGGCAAUUGCACUGGUUGCGAUUAUAAUGGCUCUGGUAAUCUACCCAGUCUGUUUCGCUGCGGAAUUAAACCUCGGCAAUCGCACGAUAUGGGAAUUCGGCUGGGCGUACGGCGUCGGCUGGGGCGCCGCCAUUUUCCUCUUCGGCGGCAUCGUUCUCCUCAUGUGCGAUAAAGAAUCCGAGGAGAUUUACUACAAGGAAAGAAAGAUCGUUCAUCAUGAGAACGACUCGAGAGCCUAGUGGCCACAUAGUCUGCCCGACGUUGUUCUCUGAUCGUAAGGACGCGUUUCCACAACGCGUCUCGCGUUUCAAUCAGACGUGACGACGAUGUAUACAAGACGCAAGAAGAACGCGCUUCUCUCUCGUGUUGUGAGUGAUAUGAAUGCGAACAAUGUAUGCAUGUGCGUGUAUGCGGUGAUCAAAUGUAAAAUGCGUGUGUGUGUUGUAUGAAUGCCUGUUUGUGAGGCUGUGAUGAUGAUUAUUUAAUUUCGUUUGACAUUCGUGUUUUGUUUCGUGUUUUUGUUUUCUUACAUUCAAUACGUUUAUCAUUAUAUCAAUUGAGUUGUCUUUCAGUUGGUUACACACACACAUUGUGACACGUUGCGUUUAGUUGAGACGAAAAAAAAUCUAAAACAAAUUAUGACAAAAGAUAGGAAGAACAAACUGGUGAUAAAUAUUUGUGAGUGAGUGCAUGAUCGCGAGACUGAGAGACAACCCGGGCAGGCUAGCUGUGUGUUCACAAGACUUAUUACUAAUUCACUAAGAAAACAAACAAAAGAAGAAACACUACGCAAAUUGAUAGCAUUAAUUAAAUAAUUCUAGUACGCGAGCGCGCAGGGCGGCUGUUUAAGUCGAGACGAUGUGAAGACAAAAACAAAUGCAAACAAAACCAACGUAAGUAGUUGUAGGAGCAAAUCAGCCGAACACUGAAGUUUCGUCUGCUUUGACCGAUUUUUCCCGACACAUGUCUGUUGAUGUCUAUUGAGUGAGGGCAUUAAUUAAUUUAUUACUUUUUGUACGUCGAUUAUACUAAGCAAAACAUAACCAAACUUAACAAUGUGAGACAUAUCGAAACAAAAACUUAAGCAAACACAUACAAUCCGUCUUUGUUGAAUUUGAUUCCAUUUAAAAUAGAGAUAUAUUAGACACGUUGGCGAUUCAAACACUCAAAACCGUUUAGUUAGAGUAAAUAUUAUCGGACCAAACAAGUAAUUCAAUUGUCUCCGCACACGAUGAAAGAAACCAAGCCAAAUUUAUGAUAAUGCGAGCGCUGCUUGUAAAUUACUUACAGACACACACACAGAGAUGCCGAAGAUGAUAUACAUUUGUACGAUAACUGCCAGAAUUCCAUUGUUCCACACCUACUUGAAUACUAAUAUUAAUUAAUUAGGUGUAAUCUAGCAUUGAGAUGUCGCAUAGCCGGACAGACAGAUAGCGUUUCUCCAUUUAACCGAGUUUGUAUUACACGAUGAUAUACCUGUUGUAGUUUGUAUAAUCAUUUGCACACACAUUCAGUUCAUCGCGAUGAACUGCUUCGAAUUAAUCAAAAGUUGCUUUAUGGCCAACCUCUUUAGGUGAAUUAACGCUUAUUUAAUUUAUUGCACUUGUAUAUAUCCUAUAACACGUUUAACAGUUGAUAGUAUUAGAUGUGCACUAGAUAUAGUUGCGGUGACAGAACGCGAAGCGAAAAAUGUUUUUGUUUAGUUAUUAAUGAAUUACAUGAAAACCACGCAAAAUAAGUUAAAUAUUAUUUUAGAAACAUGUUCUCAAUUAAAUUCUUCGCCCAAUUAUGCGAAAAUUUUGUUAAUCGGAUUGUUCCACAUAAAGUUAUAAACAAUUUAAGUUGCAUUUGUAUAAAUGACUCAUAUUUCACUAUAACUUUAGAUAAACUUGUCUUAUCAGUCAAAUUUUUAUUUGGAAAGGUUAAGAAUUUAAUACCGAUUAUAUUUCCAUAGAAAUAAUUAAUUUAAUUCAAUUGGUUUUCUUGUAAUUAAUUAAUAACUAAACUGAUUGUUCUCGUGCUUUGCAAGAUGGCCGCGACUAUAUGUCAAACAUUUAUACAUACCUCAAUGACGCAUCCAAUGAAUUGACUUGAUUUGUGCUGACGACGUGUUUGAACUUUGACUUGUUUUGUUACCCGAGUCCACGAACACUCUUUGACAUUAAACUAUAAAAAUUAUAUCACAUUGCAGUACCAUUACCAGAUAAAGAUAACAAAUUAUAUAUAAACUAUAAGAUGUACUAUAUAAAAUUUACUGAUUGAAUAUAUAAUAUGUUUAAUUCGUACGCUAGCUGUAAGAAAAGUAAACAAUUAAGCAAAAUUGUCAAAUAUGAAUAUGAAGCGGAGGAGAUUUAAGCAAAAGGACGUGAAAUACGAUACAGUAGUUUAUGUUCGUAGUUUCUACUGAAUAUUACAUACAUACGUAAGUGUAUGAGUGAACGAACUUUGAAGCGGAUUGAAAUUAUUAUAUUCAAGUAUGUAGAUUAUUACAUAUACAUACGGACAAAAUAUCUAUUGUAUAUGAUAUGAUGAAUGAGGUUUAAUUUCUGAAUAAUCCAAGUUGACACUUCCAAUCUCAAGUAAAUACAUAAAAAUGUUUAUUUGCGUUAAUGAAAUACAGAGAAUGUUGGAAUGUAUUUGGUUUGACUGCUUUGAGUUAUACUAAUACAAACGCACCACAUUGUUAUAUCUAUAAACGUAAGCAAUUAACGAAUUGAAUUAUUGAUCAAUUAUGAUUGUCAUUGUCAUGUAUCAUUCAUUGAAUUCGAACGGUUAUGACAGAAUGGAUAAAGCGAAAGAUAAAAUAAAUUAUUUGUAUAUAAAUAUAGAAA